AUGAGUGCUGGAACCGCAGUAGCGAGCAACAAGGGUCCUUUGUACUUCACCGAGUUCCUGCCGCGGCUAAGUUCGGUGUCUGUAUGUGUGCAGGUUCCGCGCAAGCGUGUUGUAAAACUGAGCAUCAAGGAUCAAUUUCUCGACGGUUUGACGUCUACGGGCGCAAUUUCCAUUCCUCUGGCAGCGAGAACGGCAGACUACGUGGAUGUUCUGCCGUUUGUUCAGGAGGGGGAUGGAUUUUUCACAUUAAAAGUGCCCAGUUCGGGCGAGAACACGCAAAGUACUACCGAUCAGUUGACCAACGCAGACGGCCUGAUCUGGUCGGUGAGCGAGCUGCGACAGCAUCCAAAGGCUACACUGCAGUGUUCCGAGUGUGGGCAACAGAUAUUGGCCCUUGAAGAGGUCAGAAAGCUCCAUUCAAUGCCGUCUGAGCUAUGGUACGAAAUGAUGGAGUUUUGGCACUGCCAUAAACCGACAAGCGGCGAGUACACUAACGACAAGAUUGCUAGCCGGUUCAACAGUCUACGGCCGGCGGCAGAUUCGUUGAUUGUGGGCGCUUACUACUUUCUGGUGCCGUCAACAGCGGCCAUUUCAAACGACGGGUCGUUUGUGCAAUGCAGUGGUUGCAACCAUGUUCUUGGGGAGAUGGACAACGGCAACCACAAGCUAUUCAAAUGGAAAUUGGUCCUCACAGACGGACAAUUAGAGCAGAGGUGUUCUAGUUUGAUCUAUCUAUACAGUUAUCUGCUCGAUUCGGUGGCAUCGAGCGCAAUUAGGUUUUUCCUGGUGAAGAACGGAGAACAGCAGGUCGUUCUAUGGUGUUUCAAUUUUGGGCUUGACGUCACGUUUUCAACACACCGUUUGCAAAACAGUCUCAAGGUGAUGUACAUGGACAACAAGGAGGAAAUCUUGAAGUUUUUGGCCCAGUACGAGUCCCAGGAAUCGACUCAGUACGAAGUGAUAGAUUUGGAGAAAGACAUGAUGACAUCCACCGUUGCCGACUUGGAAGACAUCAACACCCAGCUUCCACAGUCUCAGCGCACGUUCAACCAAUGGAAAGUGUCGUAUAUCGGCCGGUUACUCUGA